AAAAAAGAAAGUAUAAAAUGGAAAGCAACUGGGAGCUAACUCUGUAGGGUAAGUUCAGUGCAGGCCCAUCCUGUGAGAGAGACCUGUUGGAAUGCGUGUCUCGUGUUGGGUUAAGUAUUGCACAUGCUUAAUUUUUUAGACUCCAUUAUUGCAGAGGGCAGGUAUCUUGUUAAGUUAUUCACUUCUUUCUUUCGUCUACCUCACUUGCAACUGCAAUUCAAUGCCAUCUUCUCCAUAACCAGUAGGUGCGAACUAUUCCAUUUUUCUCACAGACCAGAUCUUGAUAGACUGUUGAACCAGCCGGCAUUCGGUGCUGCUCGCUUUGGCCAUGGAAUAGUCCAAGCACACGCUGCAAAUUUCAGGAGUAUAGUUAACCUGGGGCCAAGAUAAGCUGUUCAUCAAGAGAUGGCUGGAAUAAUGGUGAGUGCUUCUACUGGUGUGAUGAACUCUUUGUUGGGUAAGCUGACAACCCUCAUGGGAAAGGAGUUUACGAGGCUGAAGAACCUGCGAAAAGAAGUGAGGUUCAUUAAUAAUGAGCUUAUCAGCAUGAAGUAUGCUCUUGAUGGGCUUUCAGAUCUAGAUGAGCUAGAUCCACAAACCAAGAGGUGGAGAGACAUGGUGAGGGAGAUGUCUUAUGAGAUUGAGGACAUCAUCGAUGACUUCAUGCAAAGCAUUGGUGAAAAUGAUAGAACUACUGGGCUUGUUAGCAAUACUGUUCGACGCCUCAAAACUUUGAGGGAUCGUCAUCGGAUUGCUGGACAAAUCGAAGAGGUCAAACAACUUGUGCUAGAGACAAGUGAACGUCAAAGAAGGUAUGAGCUUCGUAUACCCCCAUCAAGUAAUGUUGACAUUGACCCACGAGUCACUGCACUCUACACAGAAGUGGCUGACCUUGUCGGUAUAGAAGGACCAGCGAAUGAGCUUGUCAGUUGGUUAAUGGAUGAGGAGAAGAAGUUGAAGGCCGUAUCAAUUGUGGGAUUUGGAGGUCUGGGAAAAACAACACUUGCCAAUGAGGUAUACCGUAGGGUCAAGGGAGAAUUUGACACUCAUGCUCUCGUGACGGUGUCUCAAAAGCCUAACAUUCAAAAAAUUCUCCACACUUUACUAUCCAAACUUGGCACAGAGACAUCUAUUCACACUUGCGAGUCACGUCUUAUCGAAAUGCUCAGAGAACAUCUCCAAACUAAGAGAUAUUUGAUCAUAAUUGAUGAUAUAUGGGAUAUAUCAGCAUGGAAUAUUAUUAAAUGUGUUUUUAGUAAAAAUGAUCUUGCUAGCAGAGUAGUAGUAACUACAAGAAAGCAAGAUGUGGCUAUGACAUGUUGCUCCCGUGAUUGCAUUUUACAAAUGAAGCCCCUCACCAACGAAGACUCAACAAGGCUGUUUUUUGGUAGGGUAUUUGGCUCGAAAGAAGCUUGCCCUCCCCAGCUUAGAGAUAUUUCGGUUGAAAUUCUCAAAAAAUGUGGUGGUUUACCUCUUGCAAUUAUUAGUAUAUCUAGUAUGCUAGCAAAUAAAAAUUGCAACCAAAAGGAAAGGUGGGAAUAUGUACAAGAUUCUAUGGGCUCGGAAAGCAAUCACAUGCUUGACGGGAUGAGGCAAAUCUUAAACCUCAGCUACAAAGAUCUUCCUCCUUAUCUGAAGACAUGCUUGUUGUAUCUUGGUAUGUAUCCAGAGGACUACCAAAUAGAGAGGUCUAAUCUGGAACGCCAGUGGAUGGCUGAAGGUUUCAUCAGUAUAGAAAAUGGACAAGAUGUGGAGAAGGUUGCAAGAAAUUAUUUCAAUGAGCUUGUGAAUAGAAGCCUUAUUCAACCUGUAGAAUUCGAUAAGAGAGGGUCGGUGACAAAAUGCAAGGUUCAUGAUAUGUUGCUUAAUCUUAUCUUGAUUAAGUCAGCACAGGAGAAUUUUCUCACUAUAGUGGAUGACCCACAUGCCUUUACAAGACUGCAAUGCAAGGUCCGUCGGCUGUCUAUCCGCUUGGAUGGUGCAAGUAAUGGCCGAGAAAUAGUAUCGACAAAUAAUAGUAUGUCGCAGGUUCGGUCGGUUAUGUUCUUUGGGAGCUCUCAGAUUACACCUCCUUUGUCAGAGUUCAAGUUCCUCCGAGUUGUUCAUAUUGACCUUGAUGAUGCUGAAGUUGACCUCACUGGAUUGUGUAAACUUUAUCAGCUGAGGUAUUUAUGCAUUAGUGAUGGUUGUUCAUACCAGCUACCAACACAGAUUAGAGUGCUUCAACACUUGGAGACACUUGAGCUGUUUAGUUGUGACAGGGUUCCGUCAGAUAUAAUUCAUCUACCCCGUUUGAUGUUUCUGAAAGCUUGGACGAGGCUCCAUGAUGGGAUUGGCAAUAUGAAAUCCCUGCGUCAUCUAUUUGGAUUUGAUUUUACGUUGUACAAGCUAGAUAAUAUCAGGGGCCUUGGAGAGCUUACCAAUCUGAAAUUUCUAUAUCUCACGUGCGGCAUUCGUAAGGAUGACUGGGAGAGACGCAUGGAUGCUCUAUGCUCUUCUCUAGGAAACCUAUGUCACCUAGAGAACCUGUUUGUCGAUCUCAUCGGCUGCAUAGAUGGCUUCAUGCCAUUGUUUCCUCCGCCAACUCAUUACCGCCUUGAGAGACUUAUCAUGCAAUGGAGGUGCUGGUUUUCCAGGGUCCCUAGCUGGAUGGGGGAACUCCAUAACCUCUACCAGUUAAAAUUCAAAGUUGGUCAGCUGCUAACUGAUGGUGUUGGUAUCCUUGCUGAGCUGCCCGCCCUCACUCACCUCGAUGUAGAGACCGGAAAAACCACAAACAAAGUGAUUUCCAUCGAGAGAGGAGCAUUCCCUGCUCUAAAGAGUUUUAAGCUUCUAUUAAGUAGUGCUUCGUACUUGACCUUCCAGGCCGGAGCAAUGCCCAGGCUCCAAAGGCUGAAGCUAAAAUUCAAUGUACAUGGAUCGGAGCAGAUUGGGGCUGCACCUGCCGGCCUCGAGCAAUUGUUAGCACUUGAAGAGCUGACUGCAAAAAUCUGCUGCCACCGUGCUUCAGAGUCCGACAGGAGAAGUGCGGACUCUGACUUGAGGAGUGCCGUCGACAUGUUUCCAAGCCAUCUUCUAGUCAAAGUCAGCUAUGAAGAGGUUUGGAAUUUUGGUUUUUCUGAUGACUAGUAUGGUGGCUACGACUCGGCGGCAAGCAAGCUGGAUUGACCAAACACGUUUCCACACCGUUUGUAAGUAUCUCCGUCACGUCAACAGAGCAGCUUGCUAGGCAGGCACAGAAGGGUGUGACACUCCUGACCGGUGCCCUGUCUACGGAAGGCCAGCAGCAACAGCUCCUUAAUUCUAGGGUGCAUGUUUAAGAUGACACCAAUCAUCGGUCGGCGUCUUGGACUUUGUCUAACCGUCUGAUUUUACGCGAGAGUUUAUGUCCAUUCUUUCGGUUAGUCUAAAGUCUAUGUCAAGCAAUGCUACAUCUAUGUAAUUUAUUUACGUAAUGUUAUGCAGAGGCUGAU